UUCCGACUUGGAACAAGUAUGGACGACAGCAGUGAUGAUGGUAGUGAUUUUAAAAUUAACAAAGCAUACGCUAAGAAGUAUAACAAAUGGAGACAGAAAGAAGAACUUCAGAAAUUGAAAGAUCUGUAUGGAAGUGAUGAAGACACAGAUUCUGAUUCGGAAACCGAAGAUGAAGAUGCUACGGCUCUGACAGCUCAAGUGGAGAAGGACUGGUUACGUGCUUUUGCUGCAGUCAAAACAAAAGAUCCUCGUAUUUAUGAAAAAGAUAACAAGUUCUUCCACAGUGGCACCAGUGAUUCAAAUGAAGAUGAAGCAGUGUUGAAGAAGAAGAAAAAUAAGAACAAGACCGAGAAGCCAUUGUUUCUUAAGGACUACGAGAGGAAGCUCAUCCUUGAGAAAGAUGGAAUUGCAAGUGAUGAAAGUGAAACACAGUUAGGCAAACAGCAGUUGAGCUACUUUGAGGAGCAGGACAAGAUUAAAGAAAGCUUCAAACCAGCUCUAGAAAGUUCUGAGAGCUCUGACAGUGAUACAGAACUGUUAACCAAGAAGCAGGCCACAGAAGAAGAGAAGGCCAAGCAAGAGGAGGAUUAUUUAGAAUGGCUUAAAGGACAUCGAGACACACUUGACAAAAAUGUCCAACUUGAACUGGAACCCUUGAAAAGUUACUGGGAUGAUCCAAACUUGGAUGAUGGAGAGAAGUUCCUUAAAGACUUCAUAUUAAACAAGCGCUACAUUAGCAAUGAAGACAAUGAUGCAGAUUUUGAAGAUUUUGAUGACGGUGCAGGCUUUUCAGAAGAAGAGAAAGAAUUGGAAAAGGAAGAAAAUUUUGAAAGAAAGUAUAAUUUCCGAUAUGAGGAACCAGAUCCUGAGUUUAUAAAAACUUACCCAAGAACUGUGAAUGAUUCAGUAAGGACAAAGGACAAUAAGAGAUCAUUAAAACGGAAAGAGAUUAAGCUUCGCAAGCAGGAGGAAAAGAAUAAAAAACGUGAAGAGCUGAAGCAACUGAAGAAUUUGAAGAAACAAGAGAUUCUUGAUAAGAUAGAAAGUUUAAAGGAAGUGACCGGUAACCCAAAUAUUGGUUUUACUGACCAAGAUCUCGAAGGGGACUUUGAUCCGGAAGCUUAUGAUAAAAUGAUGCAGAAACACUUUGGUUCCAAGUACUAUGAUGAAGCAGGAGAAGAAGAGAAACUUUCAUUUCCCAGUGACGAGAAGCUUGGCCUGGACAUAGAAAACUGGGAUGCCUGGCAGGGGGUUGAAGGAGAAGAUGAGAAAUACUCGGAAAAUAAUGAGGGUCCUUGUGUCGAUGAUCCAGACUUUGUUAUGGAUGCAGACUAUAAUCCAGGUGAAGAUCUGCGACCUGGAAAGAAACGGAAGCAUUCCAAGUUCUACCAGGCAUUGGUGAAGAAGAAACCAGUUUUUGAUCCAAAGGACAAGACGUUUGAAGAGUAUUUUGAUGAGUAUUACAAAUUGGAUUAUGAGGAUAUCAUUGAUGGUCUUCCGUGUCGCUUCAAGUACAGGAAAUCUCUGUCCAAUGACUUUGGACUGUCAGUAGAAGAGGUUCUCAAGUGUCCAGAUCGUGAACUGAAUUCAUGGGUCUCUGUGAAAAAGAUGAGCCAGUACAGAAGUGAAGAGGAAGAGAUGAGGGACGUAAAAAUAUACCAGAAGAAAGCACAAAACCUGGUAAAGAAGACAAAUAUUCUUCCUAGUCUUCGAGAGAAAAGUGAACCAAAGCAAAGUACAAGUACAGAUGGAGAACCAACAAGUAAAAAGCAGAAAUGGAACAAGAAAAAUAAAAAUAAAUAUGUUUCAGAUCUUUCUGUGAAUAAUCCAGUUAUUGCUGCUAGCCAUGAAGAUAAAAUGCAGACUGUAACUAGUAAUGAUACUCUGUUGGAAUUCGAAAUCAAACAAACAAAAACACCACAACGAAAUACAGAAGAAAUGAGAGUAAAGAAAAAGCAAAGAAAAAAAUAUAAUAUUACGAACAGAGAUGGGAAAAUGAAUGAAGAAACAAAAUCACAAAACAAUAACAACUCUUUGUUAAACUUAAAACAGACUGAGCCGUUAAAGAAAGCAAAAGCCAGAAAAAGAAAACGAGAAAAAGUUGUAAAUAAUUCAGAAAUAAGUGAGCAAUUAGUCAAUGUAGAAUGCUGUUCCAAAGCUAAAGAGUUGAAAUCUGAGACUGGUACAAAUGUGACCAGUGAAAGAAAUGCUCAUGUUGAAACUGCAAAAGACCUGGUUGAAAAAACUGAUCCAAAGACGGUGCACAAGAAAAAGAAAAAGAAGAAAAAGCCCAAAUCAUUUGAGAUAUCUGAUGAGAGACUAAAAGCUUAUGGCAUUAAUCCUAAGAAAUUUAAGUACACAAAAUCCAGAUUCUUGACUGUCUGAUUCAUUUAUCUUCAUCAUCAUCAUUAUCUGUCAAAAAUCUGUUCAGCCAAGUAAUUAUGUAAUUAUUAAUGAAAUUGUGAAUGAAUAAUUAUAAUUCCAAUUUGUGGAAGAUCCAAACAAUAGUUGCAAAUUGCAUUGAAAGCAAGAAAUGUAGGCAUUUUUUAAAAACAAACCUCAGGGAAUUUUAUUGUAUCCUAAAAUUGCAAGUUUAUUUACACCUAUAAAAUACUGUCCUGUCUAUAGGAAAGUGCAUAUAAAAUAUCCAUUCCUGCUUGUCAAUAGGAGCUGCCUGUGGCAGUAGCAGAUUUCUUGUCUUGAUCAAAAUGACCAUAUGUCAGAUACCAAACAGAUUAAACAUAUUCCAAACUCUCUCUUAACGAGUAUUUCUUUAUUUUACUGGCAUAUCAUAUCCUGUGAUAAUUUAGACUUGUUUUAGUAAGUCAAAUAUCGGGAAAUAACUUUUCUGCAGGCCAGCAUUUUACAAUGUGUUAAUUGAUAUUAUAACAGUUGAUUAUUCAAUAAAUAAUAUGUAUAUAUGCAUGUGUAUAUAAUAUGUAAAUAAAACCGUGAUCUCAG